GCCCUAGCUAGCUAAUAAAUAUGCAUGUAGUGUACAGCAUCGCCUUGCACACACCAUAUCACAAGCAAGCGCCAACGAUCGAGCAGAAAGAAGAUCGUCGAGAUCGAGCAUAAGCCAUGGCGGCCUCUGUUUCUGCCUCUUGCCUUAUUAGCCUGUCGUCGUUGGCGGUGGUGCUGGUGGCGCUGGCGUCGGCGGCGUCGGCGCAGCUGUCGUCGACGUUCUACGACAGGUCAUGCCCCAACGCGCUGUCCACCAUCAGGAGCGGCGUGAACUCCGCGGUGAGGCAGGAGCCUCGCGUGGGGGCGUCGCUGCUCAGGCUCCAUUUCCACGACUGCUUUGUCCGGGGCUGCGACGCGUCCCUUCUGCUGAACGACACGUCAGGGGAGCAGAGCCAGGGCCCGAAUCUAACUCUGAACCCGAGGGGCUUCGUUGUCGUGAACAGCAUCAAGGCGCAGGUGGAGUCCGUGUGCCCGGGGAUCGUCUCCUGCGCCGACAUACUCGCCGUGGCCGCCCGCGACGGAGUCGUAGCGCUCGGCGGGCCUUCGUGGACAGUUCUACUAGGGCGAAGGGACUCUACCGCUUCAUUCCCAGGCCAGACAAGCGACCUCCCACCUCCGACGUCUAGCCUCCGACAGCUUUUGUCUGCGUAUAACAAGAAGAACCUCAACCCAACCGACAUGGUUGCACUCUCAGGAGCUCACACGAUCGGACAGGCGCAGUGCUCGAGCUUCAACGACCACAUCUACAACGACACCAACAUCAACUCCGCCUUCGCGGCGUCGCUCAGGGCCAACUGCCCCAGGGCAGGCAGCACCGCCCUUGCGCCGCUGGACACCACGACGCCCAACGCGUUCGACAACGCCUACUACACCAACCUGCUGUCCCAGAAGGGGCUCCUGCACUCGGACCAGGAGCUCUUCAACAGCGGCAGCACCGACAGCACGGUCAGGAGCUUCGCGUCCAGCACGUCGGCCUUCAACAGCGCCUUCGCCACGGCCAUGGUCAAGAUGGGCAACCUCAGCCCCCAGACCGGAACCCAGGGGCAGAUCAGGCGCAGCUGCUGGAAGGUCAACUCGUAAGCUACUAGCUACUACGCCCAAUAUGCAAUGCGUUAUGGCAGGCAGAUCAGAGCCAAUAGGCCUCUCAGCUCGUUCUCUAGCUGUGUACCUGUACGUGUGUGUGACUGGUGUUGGUCGAGUAAGUGUACGUACUACAUGGAUGGUGCAGAGAGAGAGAUAUAUAUCGAUCUGGUGGUGGCCACCUUAUUAUCGCAUGCAUAUGUGUACUGUAUUAGCACGACACUAUUAGACACAUUUAUUGAUGGUACCAUGCUAUGCUUGUAAA